AAAUGGUGGUGUGAAGAAAGUUGAAGGAGCAGUAGAUUAAAUACUCCUCUAGCCUAACGGGAGGAGCACCUCACCAAGUAGCAAAUCCGAACCGCCGUGGUGUAUGGACUUGCAAGUCGGCAACCGCAUCGCCAUCGCCAACGAUUAUUGGAAGCUGACAAUUAUUGAAUCACCACAUUCGAAUUCCUUGCAUGCUGAAGUGGUGGCGUGGAGAGACUGUCUGAGGGACGGAGCGUGUCUUUCCGUCGUAUCAGUUGACCUGGGCAGCAAUACAAUUUCUUGCCGUCAACUUGCCAGGUUUGUCCUGGGGCAGGGCGACGGAAAUGCUCAUUACUCUUCGUUCCGUCAAGCGGACUUCCCGCAAGCUUUCUGAGAGCGGGGCUUCGAGUUCAAACAGCACCUGCUUGCACUCACCACACUGAACGCCGGUCGUCCACUAUCAGACCGGCUUCCACCUCUCGAAGUACGAUCUAGUGCCUCUUAGGGCGUUACCAGAGUGAAUUUUCCCAAAGAAUAUUUCCGUUGCAGCUAGGUUUGUGGCCAGCUUUCACCGGUUCUGUGCUAUGCAGCUAUUCCGAGUACG